AUGAGGAGUAAUCAGAUGGUGUAUGACAAUGGAUCUGUCUUCAGUCCAGAGGUGUUUAAUCUUACUGAGGAUGAUCUCAUGAUUAAGUUUGCUUCUGGUGUCUCCAAUGUCACAGCAUUGGCACUGGCCAUUUCCUACCCAACAAUUGCAGCUGCACCACAUAUGUUCCUCAAUGCCUACAAGAAUAUGUUAGCAAUUGCUGAUCCUUCCAAGUUUUCUGUUGCUGUGGCUGCUCCUGCCGCAGCUGCUGGUGGUGCUGCUGCCCCUGCUGCAGCUGCAGAGGAAGCGAAGAAGGAAGAGCCUGCUGAGGAGUCCGAUGAUGACACGGGUUUCAGUUUGUUUGAUUAA